AUUUAAGUCAAAAUGUUUUUUCAAAUCAAACUCUCUGCGAAACAAUCUUUUCUUGAACUUGGAAAUUCGUUUGCUGAGAAAAUCCCAAUUCAAAAAAGAAAUACCAACGAUGGAAGAGUCUGCAGGAUGCCAUAAUGAAUCCUCAAAGGACCUCGAAGGAGUACGGAAUGAAGAGGACCUAAAAGUCAAAUGCCUUCUGGAUGACCUUCACCUGCAUAUGCUUCACUUGAUCGAGGACGAAGUGGUGCUCCACCAGGAGCUCUGCUGUCAGACCAGUCGAUCGCGAAUGAUCCUGGCCAGGGUCAGACUGCAGCAGGGUAGCCAACGAACUGCAGCGGAAGUCCUGGUGCCCAGGUGGCGACCCUACCGCGCCCUCUGCCGCCUCUUCGAGAAGUCCACCCCGUGGGGCGAUGUCAUCAACCUCCGCCGGCAUCCCGUCGAGGCCGAACAGGGUUUCCUCCAGCCUCUGACGAAUAUAUUUGGCAGCAUAGUGCCCGUCAGCUGGCGAGUUGCGAAAAAGUACUGGGACCAAUCGGUGGAAUAUUCUGUGGAAUGUGCCAACACGCGAAAGGAACUCCUGUCCACCAUGUCCUUCAUAAGGAAACUGCGACUGCGGCAUCCCGAUCAAAGAUAAUCGGAUAAGAUUCGGAAAUUGAAGGAAAUCUAAGUGACAAGCAUUCGCUUUCAAAAGAUCCUUCCAAACAAGACAUCCAACAUUUUUUAAAUGGAUUACUCAUGUUGAUGACUCUCAAGAAAAUGUAUAAAGCCAGACUAGUUUAAGCAAAAAAACUA